CGGCCGUGUCGCGGUGUUCAAAAGCGAGCAAAGCGUGUCUUUUUUUAAAACGAAGGCUUGUUUGCGCUCUGUGCUUACGAUCAUGCCGGUUCCCGCGGAGCAACUCGAAAAAUGGAACGCGGUCUUCGAUCUACUACUGUUUCGACAGCUCAAAGAUGACGUCGACGACACGUUGGUUCAGAAACUGGUCACCUUCCUAGAUGCGAGCGUGCGAGACGACUCAGAAUUCGGUGUGGAGCUGUGGAGAGGCUGCGAUGUCAUGCCCAAGCUGGAAAAAGCAGUCGCUGUGCCUAGAACACCCGAAUCGCUCUGCUUCGCACUUCAACUCAUCGCCAUCUUCGGAAAGCUCGAACAGAUGUUCACAUCGCUUCGUGAUGACAGUCGCGUGCUGAAGGCCCUGGACAGACUUAGCGACAAUGCCGGCGCCAGUGAGCGGGUGUCGUACCUGGAAGCCGUGACAUCCUUCCUCGGUCACCAGUCUGGACGAAGCUGGUGUAUCGAGCACGGUGUCUCGUCAAAGGUGUUUCAGUGCCUGCAGGAUGCCAGUGUCUUUGUCCAGGGAAAGGCAGAGGCAUUUUUUGUUGCGUUCCUCGAGUCGGACUUCAGCAAGGGCAACGACAGUGAAGUUGCUGCAUUUGUAGACAGGACCCUGACGGAGGAGCUACCACCGAGACAGCGUAGAAGAUGCUUGCACGUAAUUCGUUCCUUGCUUGAAAAGGAUGCAAAGCUUGGCAAAAAGCUUUGCUCCGAGUCUGAUAUCAACCGGCGCCUUCUUGGAUGCUGUGUUGCUUGGAUGUCGUCCUCAGAAGCAGCCAGUGCAGCUGCAGAUGUCCUCGCCAAGCUUGCAUCUACCAUGAAGGAUGACAGCUUCUUUCAAGAAGCACUGGAUUCACUGAGCAGUGACAGGCUUGUGAGCAUCAAGUUUACAGCCAGCUUCGUCCAAGAAAGGCAAGUUCCCUUUGUCUACAGGUACGGGUGUAAUGAAGGUGUAAUGCGGGUGUAA